AUGCUCCAAAACGCAAAACUCCAUGCUCUCAAAAACCCUAGGUUGCUUCAAAUACAGCAUUCUCUUCCCCCCAAAUUCAUCGACAUUCCCUCCCCAUUCCACCGCUUCUUCCUCCUGCUCCACCGCCACGAACCACCACCGCCCCCGCCAUCGCCCGCACACUCCCUCCGAUCACAACUCAACCUCACCGCAAAGAAUCGCCACCGCGCAGAUCGAAAUCUCAGAAACUACGAAUUGCGUGAUUUUAUAGCUACGAAGCCGAACUCGCAGAGAAAAAGCACUCAUUCAGUUCUAUCUCUUUUGGUGAGAACAUUGGACAAGUACCUCAAAAAACUUUUAUGUGAAGCAAUUCCUUGA